GAGUCCUUCAAGACGGCGUUCAGACAGCGUGAGGGCAACACUCGCAUGGUUAUCAUGGCCAUGCUUCUGAGUAAUAUGCUCCGCCGCAUAGCCAGAGGUUUUUUCAUGUACAUGUUCGUGCGCCGUGUUUUGAGCUGGAAGGCCACCGACUACGGUUACUGGGUCACCUACCGGAACCUGCUUGCGGCCAUCGGUUCGUUGUUUCUGGUGCCGAUUCUUACCAAGAUGCUUUCAGCCACCGACGCCUCGCUGGCUGCGGUGGGCGCACUGUCUACUCUUGGUGAAUAUACUUGCUACAGUCUCGUCAGCGCGUGGCUCAGACGUUCCUCAUGUGGCUCGGGCCUCCGAUCGGAAUCAUUUCCAACGCACUUGUAA